ACAUUUAGGACUUUAACGAUAUGAUAGUAAACAUAAUAAUAAAAUGUUUGUUAUUUUGAGCCUGUUGGAGGUUUUCUUCCCGCUCUUUUCUUGCUGUGUCACUGCAGGAGGAGAUACAUCUUUACGGUUGGGCCAACUCCUCAUUCACCAAUAACUCUGAUAACAGCAGCACCACCCAGGCAUUAAGAGAUCUCAGAGCUGCUGCAGCCUCACGGUCGCCAUGGUGAUCAAGGUCUUCUUCCCGCAGUGCUGUAACCGUGCCGACAGCGGCCUGCUGGUCGGCCGCUGGCUCCCCGGCCACCGGUCGGCCGUGGUGCUGGCGGUCAUCCACUACCCGUUCAUCCCGGGGCAGGUGAAGCAGUACGUGCAGCAGAUGGAGGCUGAGAUGGCGGCGCUGUUGUCGGUACCCAAGGCAGCCACCAGGGGCAGCGAGAGCUUCCUCCGGGACCUCAGCACCAUCUUCCCCCAGGACCGCUGGCUCCAGGUCCACCGGCAGCUGGGCAAGACCGGCUUCACCUGCCAGGUCCUGGACCCGGAUGGAAAAGUAGUUCAGCGGGAGACGACGAAGAAGAAGAAGAAGAAGAAGAAGGUUGAGCCAGGUGCAGAAGAAGAAGAGCAGCAGCAGGAGGAAGAGGAGGAGCAGGAGGAGGAAGAGGAGGAGGGGGAGGAGGAGGUGAUCUUCGUCCACUAUGAGCAGGAGAAGGUGAUGUUCUCCCAGCUCCACCCCGUGGAGAGCCCGGUCCCCGAGCCCGACGCGGCGCCGCCCUCCGAGCUGAGACGGAUGUUCCAGUCGGUGGCGGGCAGCGCCCCCCUGUUCUUCCUGGACGGACCCACCCUACCGCCAGCGCCAACCCACUGGCAGUCGGCGGGCCGGGAGGCGAGCAUCGUGGUGGAGCUGCUGCGGCAGGCGGCCGGCCCGCUCUGCCUGCUGCUCCGCUGGCUGCUGGCCGUCUGCAGCUGGAUGUCCAGCAGCCGGAUCUUCAGCCUCUUCCCGCUGCACUUCCUGUCCAGGAAGUUGUCGACGUGCGUUCAGCUCCGGUACCGAAUCGACCACAUGACGACGCUCAGCGCGGCCGCGCCCGCCGCCGGCCACACGGCGUUCAUGAGCAAAGCCAACAUGGUGGUGUCCUUCCUGGUGGACGUGUCUCUGGGCAUGCUGCUGGUCUGGUGGCUCUACAGAGACGACCACAUCUCCAUGUUGGCCAACACGCUGGUGCCUGCAGCCGACCUGGUGGCCCAGCGGCUGGAGGAGCUGCUGCAGUGGCUGAUGGGAGCUCCGGCCGGCCUGAAGAUGAACCGGGCCCUGGACCAGGUCCUGGGCCGCUUCUUCCUCUACCACAUCCACCUGUGGAUCAGCUACAUCCACCUGAUGUCCCCCUUCGUGGAGGCCAUCCUGUGGUACGGGGGCCUGUCGGCCUGCCUCGGCCUGACCUUUGCCCUCUCGCUGCUGUCGGACAUGGUCGCCCUGCUCACCUUCCACAUCUACUGCUUCUACGUCUACGGAGCCCGGUUGUACUGCCUGAAGGUCUACGGCCUCUCGUCUCUCUGGAGGCUCUUCAGAGGGAAGAAGUGGAACGUCCUGAGACAGAGAGUGGACUCCUGCUCCUAUGACCUGGACCAGCUCUUUAUCGGGACGCUGCUCUUCACCGUGCUGCUGUUCCUGCUGCCCACUACGGCGCUCUACUACCUGGUCUUUACUCUGCUGCGCCUGGUGGUGGUGCUGUUCCAGGGCGUCCUCCACCUCAGCGUGGACUUCAUCAACUCCUUCCCCCUGUUCGCCGUGGCGCUCCGGCUCACUCGGCCCCACCGCCUGGCAGAGGGCGUGAAGUUCAGGGUGCUGUGUGAAGAGCCGGGCACGGCGCUGCACCUGCUGAUGGAGAUUAACCCUCUGAAGUGCAGCACGGUGGUCCAGACCUACCGGACCCCCACCUACAGCUGUUACCCCAGAGACUCGUGGGCGGCGCUGGUCAAGAAGCUGUUUGUGGGGGAGCUGGUCUACCCCUGGAGGCACAAGACCACCAAGACGGACUGAGGGGGAACCGAGGAGCCGGACUGAAUACGUGAUGAGGUGGGAGACGGGACUCCAACAGACUGGAACCAGCUGCUGGGUCAUAAACAGGUUCUCCACAUGGUGAAGCACUUCGUCUAAUCACUAUUUAGUUUGGUUUAGAUUAAAUAUGAGAUUAAACUCCAGUAAUUGAGUUUUCUUCACUGGGUUUCCGAAAAGGAAAAGACACUAAAUAAACAAUUGUCUUAUGUGUGUUUUCAAAUGUGGGACGCAAAGAUCCCACGUUAUCAAAUAAGAUUUAAAAAUCCUCAGAGGAGAUGAAAUAUAAAUAAAUAAAUGUGGAAAACGUUCUGAGAAAUAACUCAGAUUUACCAGAAGAAACCAUGAACAGCAUAACUGGCAUGUGUCACAUGAUAACUGGCAUGUGUCACAUGAUAACUGACAUGUCACAUGAUAACUGGCAUGUGUCACAUGAUAACUGACAUGUGUCAUAUAACUGGCAUGUGUCACAUGAUAACUGGCAUGUGACACAUGAUAACUGGCAUGUGUCAGAUGAUAACUGACAUGUGUCACAUGAUAACUGACAUGUGACACAUGCCAAUUAUCAUGUGUCACAUGCCAGUUAUCAUGUGUCACAUGUCAGUUAUCAUGUGUCACAUGUCAGUUAUCAUGUGACACAUGUCAGUUAUGUGUCACAUGAUAACUGAGUUGUAUUAAAGGAGACUAACUUCUGCUAAACUAUCUAAAAGUCUUCAAAUCAGCAAACUGACGGAACCCUUAGUGUGAAAAUGUAAUUUGAUCUGAGAAGUUUAGUUAAAGUUUAGUUUAGUUUUCAGAAAGCCUGGAUCGACUAACGCACUCAAGUCAGGUAUUUAUUUACUAACCGCACUGAUCAUGUCGAUAGUUGUCGUCUUAGAGUUUAUAUUAUUAAAAGUAUUAGUCAAAUGAUAGAAAAUGAUUUUUUAUUAUUUAUUUAGAAUAUGUUGUGUUUUAAUUAAAUUAGUUUUAGUUAAAUUAAAUGAUUAGUGAACCGUUCUGUUGAGAGUCCUUACAACUAUAUAAAUGUGUGUUUUAAGUCAAUCGUUAUUUGCCAAUUAAUGUCAUUUUUAUUAAUUAUUGUCCUUAAGUCUUCAUAACAACAAACCUCUCAUUAAAUGUUUGUGAGCACGAACUGAACCAAACAAACUGAGGAACAUUGUCAAAGUGCUCGUGAGUAACUUCCUGUUUCCUGCUUUUGUGCUAAGCUAAGCUAAACUAAGCACCCGGCCAUCUGAUUGGAUGAUUUUACACAGUUUAAUCUGUUGAAUGUGAAUUAUUCUUUUUGUUCAUCUUCUAGUUCAUCGUCCCUCUUUUUAAUCCAAACUAAAUGUUCCUUCAUCGUUUUAAUAAAAAUCUAUUUAAUAUUC